CUAAACUGUUUUCAUAUCGGCGUAAAACCACAAAUCAGUCUCCUGCCUUUUAUUCCUUUCUUUUAAGCUCAAUAAUAAUAAUAAUAAUAAUAAUAGCUAUAUUUGUUUCCACUAUUUUCUCAACUACUACUAUUUCCUUCAACAUGUUUUCGACAAUUGCUGUGCCUUCAAACCAAACAAAGCCUCAUCGCCGGGAGAUCUCCGCCGUGCCGGAGAGUGAGAUACUCAGGAGAAGAAAUGAGGAGUUGGAGAAAGAAUUGAAAAAGAGCAUUGAGAGGGAAGAGAAAAUGAAGAAGGAAUUACAGAAAACAUGGGAGAGACUAAGGGUGGCGGAGGAGGCUGAGGAGCGACUUUGCUCUCAGCUCGGUGAACUUGAGGCCGAGGCUGUUGAUCAGGCUCGGACUUACAGGACACGCGUCAUCCAUUUGAUGGAUCAACUCUCUCUGGCCCAGAAACUUCUCGAAUCAGCUUCUAUUACCGUUCCCAGUAUCCAAUGAUUGUAGGGGAAAUGGAGUUUGACGCUUCAUCUCCAUUUUCAAACUAGGUAGAGCACGUACGUACGCCUGUAAAAUUAUGUGUUGGUUUCAAAUGAAAAGAUGAAAGAUUAGGCACUCGGAUUAAUGGAGGUGUACAUUAACUUGUUUUUUUCUUCUUCUUGUUUUCUUCUCCGAGGUGUGAUGGCGGAAUUUUUUGUUUCUCUUUA